UGUUCAGUCAGCGUUGCGCAGAGCAACAUCGAAGUCUUUCAGGAAGUGGAUUGUCAGAAGUGUCUGUGGUUUCCAUGGUGGUUUCGCCAAUCUUUAGCUAUAUGCGGACGAACUGUUCUAGCAAGUGACCAAAACAAAUUCCGUUGAACAUAUAGAAAAUCAGUUUUCUUGGAUCAAGACUUCGCAGUGUUGGAGAAUUCGAUACCCUUCCGCUCCAUUCACGACAACGUUACUGACCAAAUGGCGGGACUUCAACAUUAAUUUUCUGUGCAUUGACAAAACAAGACCGGAAAAUGCAUUACUACCGCUAUGAGAGUGCUGAAGUCAGCUGCUGUUACAAAUAUCUUAUGUUCAGCUAUAAUAUUGUAUUUUGGCUGGCAGGGGCUCUCUUCAUUUGUGCUGGAUUUUGGGCCUGGAGUGAAAAGGGAGUACUGCUGGACCUGACGCAGGUGACCAGGCAGCAUGGCUUUGAUCCAGUGUGGGUGGUGCUGUUGGUCGGCACAGUUACCUUUAUCCUGGGUUUUGCAGGCUGUGUCGGGGCACUGAGGGAAAACAUAUGCCUCCUUAAGUUUUUUUCAGGAAUCAUUGUCUUAAUCUUCUUCCUGGAGCUAACAGUGGCAGUGCUUGCAUUUAUGUUCCAAGACUAUGUGAGGGAGUGGGUCAAUGAUUUCUUUCUCCAGAAUGUCAAAGCCUACCGUGAAGACAUAGACCUUCAGAAUCUGAUUGAUUCAUUACAACGCGUGAACCAUUGCUGUGGUGCCAAGGACCCCAAUGACUGGAAUCUAAAUGUUUACUUCAACUGUAGUCAGGGGAACAGCCAUCAGAAGAGCAGGGAAAGCUGUGGAGUCCCUUUCUCCUGUUGUCUUAGUGACCCUGCUGAUAAUGUUGUGAACACGCAGUGUGGCUAUGAUGUCAGAUCCUCUGGCACACUGAAUAAAUGGGCAGAAACCAUCUACAUUAAGGGUUGCAUUCCAGCGCUGGAGGACUGGCUGCCAAGGAAUAUCUACAUUGUAGCUGGAGUCUUUAUGGUUAUCUCUCUGCUACAGAUGGUGGGCAUAUACCUGUCACGGACUUUAAUUGGAGACAUUGAAAAGGUCAAGUUGAACUAUUAUUAAUGUAUCUAAAGUGAAGAAGGGGGAAGAAGUGGUGGCCAUGCGACUUGCGUUGGAUACCCUCAUCUUUUAAUAUCCACAGAGGAGAUUGUUUGCUUUUGUCUGGGUUUUGUGUUUCCAUGCAUUCAUAUUUUUAAAGUAAUCUUGGAUUUUUAGAUUAUUUUACAGAUGAGAUAGAUAAUAUCAUAUGAUUUUGUCCUGCUGACAGCAAGCACAAAUCAAUCCAAGUUCACUUUGAAGUAUGUACAUAAUUGUGAUUGUUAUUUCCAUGAAAUCAUUGUUACUCCAAAAUCUUUGUUUGCUUGUUUCUUUUUCAUUCAAAUAUCAACAUGGUCUCUUGUUAUAAUUUUGUGUUUGGAUGUUAAGCUCCUUUUGAGUAGCGCUAUGCAAGUGUGUCUAAAACUAGCGAUCUAGCUACCAAACAUGCAUGCAGAAUCCUUGCAAAUACCAUACAAAGAUUUAUUGGCACAGUUGGAAGCAUGAUAACAUGUAACUGGUGUCUUUUGGUGGUUGUGAUGUGAAAGGUUUUCUUUCACUUUUGCCAUGUGCUCUAGCUCGGAACACAAAACUGCAUAGUGCAUAUCCUGGAAAGCUAGUGGGAACAGCACAGGUUGACUGGUAUUUAGCUGACGGAUUUACCCAAAGCAACAUAGACUCAUCAACCUGAGAGUAUCCUUUCGGUCAUGAAAUAUGACUUUGAAGUGAUUGUCUUUCUAUCUGAAUAAGACAUGAGUAAUUCCACAUAUUGUCCUCUCACGACUACUGGCAACCCUGGUAAAGAUGAGGUAAAGGGCACCUUUUGGUGCAUUGUUCUGAGAAAAAAAAAACUUUCAACAAGAAAUUAUUUUUAAUUGAAACCGUAUCUUGCUCAUCUUCACUAGGGAUUCCAAUAAUCGCAGAAGUGCCGAUUUUGUACUUUUGUAUUACCAUGUGCCUUUAACAUACUUAGACUUCUUUUUUUAUCUCUUAUGUAUUUGAUAUUUUACAUGAUUUUUACAAAUAAAAUGGGGAAAAAACAAA